CAGACCCUUUCCGGGCUGCUAUUGGCUCGCGUGUACGAACGCCACCGUUUGAUUGGUGCUCGGCGGUCUGGUCCCGCCCCGGCUGUGCCUAGCAGGCUGCGUUGUGGGGUGGCGGUUAGUUCCUGUAGCAGGCCGCGGCGGGGCAGGGUCCGGCCAUGGCGGCGGUGUAGCGCGGGGCCGGGCGCAGGCGGGCACCAUGAUCAUUGACAACGUGGACGCGCUCAAGUCCUGGCUGGCCAAGCUGCUGGAGCCGAUAUGUGAUGCAGACCCCUCAGCCUUAGCCAACUAUGUUGUGGCAUUAGUGAAGAAGGACAAGCCAGAGAAAGAGCUGAAAGCCUUCUGUGCUGAUCAGCUGGAUGUCUUUCUGCAAAAAGAAACCUCAGGGUUUGUGGAUAAACUGUUUGAAAGCCUGUACACAAAGAGUUACCUUCCUUCGCUCGAACCUCCAAAGGCAGAUGCAAAGCCUUCAGGUCAGGACAAAGAAGAAGUCAAGGAGGAGUUGUCUCAUAAACAGAAUCACCAAGAGUCAGUUGAAGAAGAGCGGGAAGGGAGGAAAAAGAAGUAUUCCAGCCCGCAGAGAAGCCGUGCAGAUUCCAGUGAGCACAGAAGCAGAGAAAAAAAGAGAGAUGAUGGGAAAUGGAGGGACUAUGACAGAUACUAUGACAGGAGUGAUUUGUAUAGAGACAAGUCAAGCUGGAGACGCGGCAGGAGUAAAAGUCGCAGUAAAAGCAGAGGGCUAAGCCGAAGUCGUAGCCGCAGUAGGGGCAGAAGCAAAGACCAUGAUGGAAGCAGAAGUGCUGAGCACCGAGAGAGAUCAAAAUUCAAGACUGAAAAAAGUGAUGCUGAAAGCUCCUAUAAUCCAGUGUCCGCAUCUCCCAGUAUAUCUAGUGAACAGUAUUCCUCUGCACAGUCUAUUCCCAGUGCUGUUACUGUAAUUGCACCUGCGCACCAUCUGGAAAACACAACAGAGAGCUGGUCAAAUUACUAUAACAAUCACAGCAAUCCCAGCCCCUUUGGCAGAAACCCUCCUCCUAAAAGAAGAUGCCAAGAUUAUGAUGAGCGAGGAUUUUGUGUACUUGGUGAUCUUUGCCAGUUUGAUCAUGGAAAUGAUCCUUUAGUAGUAGAUGAAGUUUCCUUGCCAAGUAUGAUUCCUUUUCCUCCACCACCUCCUGGGCUUCCUCCUCCUCCUCCUGGGAUGCUUCUGCCUCCUUUGCCAGGUCUACCUCGUAAUAUGAGGUUGCCAAUUCCACAAACUCAUCCACAGGCACCUCCUCCUGUUGUACUUCCUGUUCCAAGACCACCUUUAACACAGUCAAGUCUGAUAAAUAACCGUGACCAGCCUGGGACAAGUGCAGUGCCCAGCCUUGCGCCUGUAGGACCAAGGCUACCUCCUCCCUUACCUCAGAACCUGCUGUACACAGUUUCGGAACAUACAUAUGAGCCAGAUGGCUAUAACCCCGAAGCUCCUAGUAUUACCAGUGCUGGUAGAUCUCAGUACCGACAGUUCUUUACAAGAGCACAAACGCAACGUCCAAAUCUAAUUGGCCUAACAUCUGGGGAGAUGGAUACAAAUCCAAGAGCUGCCAAUAUCAUCAUCCAGACUGAACCUCCCAUCCCCAUUACAAAUAACAGCAGCAACGUAACUAGAGUUGUCCUUGAACCAGACAGCAGGAAGAGAUCUCCAGGUAGCCUGGAAUGUCCACCAUUGAAGAAACCGUGGCUGGGAAAGCAAGCAAAUAACAACCAGACCAAGCAAGGGUUUUUGAAGAAGAAUCAGUAUACGAACACCAAACUGGAAGUUCGGAAGAUUCCCCCAGAGCUGAACAACAUCACACAGCUCAACGAGCACUUCAGCAAGUUUGGAACGAUUGUAAACAUCCAGGUUGCUUUCCAGAACGAUCCUGAAGCUGCUCUGAUUCAGUACUUGACUAACGACGAGGCUAGGAAGGCAAUCUCUAGCACAGAGGCAGUUCUGAACAAUCGCUUUAUAAGGGUCCUGUGGCACAGAGAAAGUGAGCAGCAGUCGCCCCAGCAGCAGCAGCAGACAUCCCCACAGCCUCUUCAUCAGCAGCUUCACCUUCAGCAGCAAGCCUUGACACCAGCUCCGGCUGUAACAAUGCACAGCAACCUGUCAAAGGUGAUGAAUAAGCCACUGGCAUCCGGUGCCUAUGUCCUUAAUAAAGUCCCAGUGAAACGUCGCCUUGGAGCAGCAGCUGGAAACCAGCCUGAGUUGAGCCAAGCCGGAGCUGUGGUGGAGGAUUCUCAGGCAUUUCCUACUUCAACAAGUCACUCAAAAAUGGUUUACAGUACUCCAAACUUAAAGACAUCUCUGAAGCCUGGUGCAGGGUCUAAACCUCAUGAUGUGCAAGAAGCCCUUAAAAAAAAACAGGAGGCAAUGAAACUCCAACAAGACAUGAGGAAAAAGAAGCAGGAGAUGUUAGAAAAACAAAUUGAAUGCCAGAAAAUGUUGAUAUCCAAGCUGGAGAAAAAUAAGGCCAUGAAACCAGAGGAGAGAGCAGAAAUAAUGAAGACCUUAAAAGAACUAGGAGGAAAAAUAUCUCAGUUAAAGGAUGAGCUAAAAACUUCAUCUACAGCUUCUCCACAAUCAAAACUGAAGUCCAAGACAGAGGCACAAAAGGAACUCUUAGAUGCAGAGCUGGACUUCCAUAAGAGACUCUCUUCUGGAGAAGAUACAACUGAACUGCGAAAAAAGCUAAACCAGUUACAAGUAGAGGCUGCCCGCUUAGGCAUUUUGCCUGCUGGUCGAGGAAAGAGUGUGCCAGCCCAAGGAAGAGGACGAGGACGGGGUCGUGGUGGCAGAGGAAGGGGGAUGUUGAACCAUAUGGUGGUGGAUCACCGUCCCAAAGCGCUAACAGUUGGAGGCUUCAUUGAAGAGGAAAAAGAUGAAUUGUUACAGCACUUCUCUAAAUUUGGAGAUAUUGAAGACCUCCAAGAGGAGGAUUCCCCAUUAAGUGUAGUUCUGACUUUUAAGUCUCGCUCAGAAGCUGAAAAUGCUGCUAACCAGGGAUCCCGCUUCAAAGACCGAAGGCUACAAAUAUCAUGGUACAAACCGAAGGUACCUUCUGUGUCCACAGAAAUUGAGGAGGAGGAGUCAAAGGAAGAGGAGACUGAAACCUCAGAUUUAUUUUUGCACGAAGAUGAUGAUGACGAUGACGAAGAUGAGGAUGAAUCCCGUUCUUGGAGAAGAUGAAACUUGAUGUUGGAAAUGUAUCAUUUUAGGAAUUUAGUUCAGGCUACAUCUUUUAAAACAUUUAUUUAAGGAAGUUUGAUGAGCCAAAAAAGCUUUACUUUCUUUUCAAACCACAGGAUUUAAAGUGGGCAAAGUUUGUUAUAGAACAUUUCGGAUAUAGAGCUGUGAUCCUGAGCUAGCCAAAGGCCCAGUAACUUUUUACAUGAUUAUCAAGCUCACCAGGGUGGUGAUUUUCGUUCUUUUUUUUUUUCCUAUUUAAGAAGGAUAAAAAGAGAGGGGGGAAGAUAUUAGUAUUUUCUUGUCCUCUUCUUUGUCACCUGUAUUACCUUGCUUUGGGUUUUUUAUAACAUGAUUGAUUUGUUAGUUUAUAAUUGAAAAGAUAUUACAGGUUUUAUUUAGCAAUAUUAUGGGGUUAGGGGAAAGACAAACUUUCAUUAAAUGUUAUGAAAGAAAAAAUUGCCUCAUUUGCUAAUUGAAAAAGGGUAGCAUUUUAUUUCAUACAGAAUCACACUGUAGGAAUUAUUUGUGGCUAGAUUCAUAAGUCACGUAUUUCAGUAUGUUUGAAAGCCACAGUUUUUAUGUCCUGCUUUUAAUGAGAGGAGAUGGAAGAAGUGAUCUAACAGGGUAUUGUGACACUGACCAGUUCACUCUGUUUCUUCAAAUUCUGCUUCAGAGAAAACAUCAGCAGUGACACUUGGAUGAAUUUUCUCACUGUUGAUUUUCUUCUGUAGUUUCAGUGUCAGGUUCAAGUUGAAGUUGCUGUUCUCUGCAUUCAGUAUUUGUGAGCAUGGAUGUAGUGAAUUCCAUACCACCUGAACUGGCAGCCACCUCCCAGCUGAUGGCAACUCUUCCUCCUCUCCCUGUUACCAAUCCUUGUUGAUGUGCAAACCAAAUCCAGGAAGCAUUCAGAGCAACAAGAGCAGCAGAAUGUCAGUGUCCGCUCAGCAGCUGGCAGCAAACCAGGCUUUUGAGGGAAGAGUCUUCAGAGGAGCUCAGAGCUGCUUUUGGGAUGUCAUUAAUUCUUCUCCAAGUAGAGUUCUGUUCUGGCACAUUUGAGAUGAGCACCAUUGCAUUCUCAGUUGCCUUACUGUUGUAGCAUUACAAUCACACACUCCCCACCCAGGAUGGCGUGUGUUGUGGUAGCAGCAAGGAUAAGUUCAGAGGCUCGAGCUAUGUGUCUUCACUGGUACGUGGCUCCGCAGCUCAUGAACGUGUCACCCAGCACCGUUUCCUUGGCUGCCCAUUUGUACUCAAACUUUUCAGUAUUUCAUGUACGUUUUUCUAGAAAAUAAGCAGGGUGUCAGUGCAGAGGUGCUCUCCUCUUGGCUAACCAGCUUCCUUACCAGGAUAAUUCCCAGCAAGUUCCUAAUUGAAGAAUGAUAAGACAUUAAAACCUUUAAUGGCCCUGGCUUCGACUGUGGGCAGUGAGAGGGAGCUGAGCAUGCCUUUGGGUUCGCAGUGCCCUGCCCUUGCCACCCUUGUGCCAGAUUUGUGGUGUAUCCAGAGUCAAACCUGUACCACUUACUGUUGCUGUGUCCCCUGAAGGGAGUUUGUCUUUCAGUAUUCUGUCUCUUCACACUGAAACUCCCUCUUCAUGUAUUAGGACUCCUUGGCAUUGCUGAGGCUAAAUUAGAGACAAAGAAACAAGGGAAAACCAACCCUACAUGCUUAGGAGACUGUCCAGCUGUUCUCCCCUUAUCUCUAGUGUAAUGUCUGUGGCUUGCUCAGUGUAUAUUUUGAAAAAUCCAUUGCAGCAAAUGUUUGAGUCCUGACAGUUUAAAAAAGAAUAGAGGGAACAAAAGGAUUUAUAUAUUUUUUUGUACAGAGUUUUUUCUUAAACUGUAUAAUUUUGUAAAUACUUUGCUUUUUUUGUGUACUAAAACUACCAGCGGAUAGAUUUCAAUAAGAAUUGUUGUAUUUUUGUAUUUGGAAAAUGAUAAUUACAGUGGAUGAAUUGAGCUGUAGUUAAAACUGCAGUAGCCUUUGGCGCAGGUAGAACAGGAUUCCUUUUCAUAUGGUUUAGGUGAGAAGUGGCACCCAGUGGGCACAUGCUGUGCUUGGGGACAGGCCUCUGCAUGUGGAGGCUGAGGAGGGGAAAGGUUGGGAUAGCUUCAUUUGCGUGUUCUUUGAGAGCUUCAUGUGGUUUGUGUCUUUUUCUGGCAGGCUGACAGCGCUCCUCAGGUGACACCCCAAAUGCAAUUCCCAAUUGCUGAGGCAGUGGAGUGAGUGGUACCAGAGCUUGGCCUGGGCACUGGAAGCAGCAGCUGUGUGAGAGGGGUCCAAGUGUUGGGCAGCAGAGUGGGGCCUGGCUGCUGGUGAAGCGACCUUCAGUUUGCCGAGGCUUGGGGAGCUCCCUGUAUUUUAGCCUCUAUUGAACCAUUGCAGGGGGUGUUAGUUUUGGCUGUUGGUGAGGCGGGGGGGCAGCACAGCUUGCUUUAGUCUUAUGGCAACACUUGAAAUUCAGGUGUAUUUUCAGGGAGUAUCUUGGGCAAAUGUUAUGAGCAGGAAGAGAACUUGUGUGCACCAGCCAGAGUGUUUACAGGCAAUGUUACGAGUCUGAGCCUGGGCUAUGAGCACUGAGGCAGGCAUUAGGAAGAGUUUUACCUCCCCUUCACCAUGGCAUUAACCAAAGCAAAAAGAACGGAAGCAGUGGGGUAGCUGAGGCAGUGGCAGCAGUGGCCUACAGGGACUGAGAACCCUGCUCUUACCAAAAUCAUGUGAAAAGGAAUAAAGAUGCUCUCGGUGUAUAGUAACCCUGUACUAUAGUUUUUACAAAUUGUGAACUUGUGUAAUAGUAUCAUAGGAGAUAUUGUUGAAUUUCUAACUGUUUAUACAUUUAAAUUCAUAUAUGUAAUGUUUGUUUUAUUGAUUACAAUCUGAAUUUCUAAGCUGCAUGUUGACUUUUUGCAAUAAAGAUACGCUAUGGAAUGGUUCAAGGUUUAGAAAAAACAAAGAAACUUCUAACUUAAAUAAACUGGGCAGCAGAACCAUUCAAAAAAGUUGA